GAACGCGCCCAUUGUUUUCAUUGUUUUUCAUUAUUAACCGUUGUUACGCAGUCGAAUUUCUUCAGUAAUUUUUUCAAUAACGCAAUUUAGGAAGCUUCAAUAUCGAAGAAAUUGAUAUUGUAAUGAAAAAAUUUAUGAUAUUGUACGUGCGAGUGUUGAAGAAGUAAAUAUUAACUUGUGAAGAGAUUAUAACCUAAAAAUUCAACAUUGCAAUAUUUUUUACUUUGAUGAAAAGAUUUACGAUAUUAUAGGAAGGAGUGCUAAACAAGUGGAAACCCUUUUGAGAAAGAAUUACGACUUAAAAACUUAAGGUAUUUGUGUAAUUUUAUUCUAAAUAAGGAAUCUCAACAUGGUUUGCGAGAAAUGUGAAAAGAAAUUGGGCAAAGUUAUUACUCCGGAUCCCUGGAAGACAGGCGCAAGGAACACAACGGAGAGCGGAGGACGUAAGGUUGGAGAGAACAAAGCUCUUUCUGCAGGAAAGGCACGAUUCAAUCCAUACACCACGAAGUUCGAGAUCUGUAGAAUAUGUAGGCAGAAAGUCCACCAGGUGGGAUCCCAUUAUUGUCAGUCCUGUGCAUAUAAGAAAGCUAUAUGCGCUAUGUGUGGUAAAAAACUUAUGAAUACAAAGAAUUAUAAGCAGUCGGCUACAUAA